AUGAGUACGUGUACGCCACAAUAUUAUGGUAGAAAUCCACCGCAACUACCGAAGGAGUACUUGACAUCAACCAAUCUAAACAAUACAGAAACAGCAUCAGAUUGCAUAAAAAAUAUUAAUGGAAAUGGUAGCAAAGAUUCAUGGAACUUAAAUGAUCACACUACUCCAAAAAUUGGUACAAACGAUUUUAAUGGCAUGACAAAAACGAAUGAAUCUUGCGUACAAUGUUAUCAUCUCAAAAAGCAAUUUUAUGAGUUAUCUCUCAGAUUACAAGAGGCAACAGAAGAAAUUAAAUUGAGAUCAAUCAAUGAAUUGAAUAAUCAACGUGAGAAAACAUUGAUAACGGAUCGGUCUCUAUACAAAUUAUCAGCAGAAAUGUCUGAUGCUGCUGUUCAGACCAUAAAGUUAGAGCAAAAUGAUACUGGUACGAAUAUCUCACUGAUCGAUCAAAUGGGAGAUUUGUUCACGGAUAUGGCUACUUCACCAGUUCCUCAACCAAGAUUCUACUCCAUUGCAAUUUCUACAGAUGAUCAACUACUUCUUACAUCACGUCAAGAUGUUGCCACUGAUUUGCCGGAUAAGUAUCUGCUUGCUCCUAAAUUGUCACAUAAUAACGAUUCAUACGCUGAUUCAGUUACUACUGUUGAUUGUGCUUGUGGCAAUGAUUUUUCGUUGGCAGUAUGUGAUAUCUCAAGUGCUACGGAUCCUAUUGCGGUCAAAGAUUCUUUUACGAUGACUCUUCCAAUCAUGCAUCACUCCCAUUCGAUUCAAACUUCACAGAUUAACACAACGUUACUUAUUUGUUAUUACAGAUCACUAAGUGUCUGCACCAUACCGACUCCAAUGGUAACUCGAGGUGUGGAUGCGCAACAAAUUGUCAAGAAGGAUUCAUGCACCACUUAUGAUGAUUUGCUAACUGAAAAAAGUGAUGAGAAUUUGCCUAAUAUGGAAAUGAACGAGCAGGCAGUUUAUGGCAAUACUGUUGCAUCGCAAACUGAAUUUGAACCAGAGCAAAGUGAACCACGAAUACUUAACGAUACGGAAAUAGCUGAAUCACUUUGGUUACUUCCAACUAAGGAAAGAAAAGAUGUAGCAGUUGGUAAUGAGGAUGUGAUCGAAAACUUAAUGCUAAAUGAUGUCAUAAGUCAGAAUUUGCAACAUCAAGUACUGUUACUGGACAUAGAUGAAGAUGAGGUUUGUGUGAUGGAGGAAUCACUAUCUGAUCCUGAAGCAGUUGACUUCGAAAGUUUUCAUUCUGAAGAAAAAUUGCCGAUGAAGCAACAUAUAGUGAACGAUCCAAAUUUAAUAUCGCUAAAAACAAAAGAAGGGGUAAAAGUGAGUGAGUCUCGAGUAUUAGGUCAUGCUCGAGCUGCUGUUGUCAAGAAAAUGCUUACAGAAAAAUCGCCGCAGUUAAGUUUUAUUCGCGGUGCUGUGAUAUCAAAAUCAUGCCGAUCAUCCAGCAGGAAAGGAAACUCGCUUCAGUACAUCGCAGAUCAGCAUAAAGCAACGGCUAAUGUAUAUCAGAGUUAUUUUUCUUCAUUUAUUUGUCAUACAAGAAAUGAUUUUCAAAAAAGUUCACCACCUUCAACACCUCAAAAAACGAAUGGUGCACUGAAGGAAAAAGUGAUUCUCAAGAAAGAUCUCGUACCAUCAUCACUACCCAUACUUUCAUCUGAAGUACCAGAACCAGUUCCUGCUCGAAUACCACGACCCAAAAUCAGCAAGUACAAUCCGGGCGAGACUGUACCCCAGUCACCUGAUGAAGAAGCUGAACUAGCAGAUCGUUUGACUCCGCUACGCUCAGAAAUGCGAACUUUACGAACGUACUCAAACGGGAGAGCAGUAACAUUUCCUCGAGUGUUACCAAAUGCACCACCCAAAAUGUCACCUACAACAUUUAGAGCUAACAAACCUGUCAUUUUCGAUGAUAGUUCAAGUUCAUCUUCUGAUUCAGAAGGUUCAUAUGAUACGAACGAGAAUAACCGUACUGUUCAAUUUCACUUAACAGAACAACUUAGUGAAGCAGUUGAAAUAUUAAACAAAUAUUUCGAAAAAUCAGAUUCUGUCAAAUCUGCAAUGUUUGAGUGGGCUAAAAAGUUCACUAAACAUGAAUGGUUGAAAACAGCAGCUCGAAAAACAGCCUCAUCUGUUCAAGUAGAAGGUUUUAUCCACUAUUUGAAAGCGACAUCAAAUGAUGUGCUCAAAUUUGUCGUGAAUCUUACGGAUCCUAAUGAGAAUACUUCUCUUCAUUAUGCAGUAUCUCAUGGUAAUUUUGAUGUUGUUAGUGUCUUGUUAGAUUCACGUGUAUGUAAUUUGGACCGCGCAAAUAAGGCUGGAUACACAGCAGUAAUGUUAGCAGCACUUUGUGAUGCGUCUGAUGAAGUCGAAAGUGCUGUUAUUCAUAGACUUUUCCAGUUAGGGAAUGUCAAUGCUCAAGCUGUCCAGCAUGGACAAACAGCAUUGAUGUUGGCCGCUUCACAUGGCAAAAUAAAAACAACAAAAUUAUUAAUAGAUUGUCAAGCAGACCUUAAUAUACAGGAUGAGGAAGGUUCUACGGCUCUGAUGUGUGCUGCUGAGCACGGUCAUCAAGAAAUCGUGAAAUUGCUGCUCGAACAACCACAAAUUAAUGCUUCACUUUCUGACUGCGAUAGUUCCACAGCUCUGUCAAUAGCAGUGGAAAAUGGUCAUCGUGAAAUUGGUGUGCUAAUUUAUGCCCACCUUAAUCAUGCAUGCAAAAACGUUCAGCAACAAUCUGUAUCAACUUCAUAA